UACUAACCCAUUAUUAAUGAGGAAAAGAUUCCCAAUGUUAUACAGAACAUUUAUUAAAGCAAAUGCAGUAUUUUUAUGCAUAUUUGAUAUGGGUGUUUAUGUUCGACUAUGUGAGUGGUUUACGACUUCGAGGUCACCAACAUAGUUAUGUUUUAAUAUGAUAGAAGUACUACUGUGUUUUGGCUAGUAUUUACAGUACAGGAAACGAGGGUUUGGUUAACGUGAUCUCAUACACACAAGUAAAAAACGACAUUCUCUUUGCGACCGAAAAUAGAUACAAAUACAUGUACUUUGCCUGAUAAACUGAGAAGAAUUUAGAUAGGAUAUAAAUACUGAAAAUGGCAGGAGUGGAAGAUGGCGUUGAAUUAAAGGAUAUUAAGAAGAUUGAGGAAGUGAAUGACCAACCCCUGCCUAAAAAGGAUGACGAUGACGUGAUUGUAGAGGUUAGCAAUCCCGAGGUAGCCGAAGCUGACCCAAAGGAUACUGACAAGUUUCUCCCUCGUGAAACUAAGAAUGGGACUAAGGCACAACCAGAGGCACAGCGCGAGAGUCUUGUGCUCAGAGUCGAGAAUAAGGUGGCGGAAUUCAAGCAGACCCACGACAUCAGGACGAUCCGACUGGUAAUAGCUCUCUUCCUAGUAUUCCUGGUGCUUAUGACACUUGUGGCUAUCGUGGUGGCAUUGAAGGUCACAGCCACACACAAAUUUGACAUCCAUUGUCAGUUCAACUCUACGACAAACCUGACAUCGUGUGUGUCAAGCCCAAGUAAACUGCAGUAGAUCUAGGCAGUGCAAUGACUUUAAGGUUGAAUGUACUAGUCUGAUAAAGAUUGAUGUGCAAAAUCAAAUUCCAAUCAAGGCCUUGUCAUGUCAUCCGUAAUAUCAUGGGCUUUCAACUAGAGCCCAUGGUAAUAUUUACAGACAUUGAUACAUAAUGUCGACGUACAAUCAUAUGUAUGCCCUUAUAAACUUUAUAUAAACAUAACAUAAUAUUAUGAUAUCUAAGGCGGGGCGACUAGAUGGAAGAUCCGAGUUGAAGUAUCAGAUUUAUUAAAUAUGAAUUAACCACUUGCUGGAUGACAACAUCGUUGGCCAGUUGGCAAAUACCUGGAGUUGAAGG